AUGUAUAUCGUUCCUAAUCAGUCAAAAGGUCUUGUAAGCGACCUCAGUAUAAUCAAGCCACAAGCGCUCAAGCUUGUGCUGUGCUAUGCUGCACAAGCAAUGCUUACUUUUCUUUACAUCUCCUUUCUGACGGUGCUUGGUGAGAGAAUGGCAACAGACUUGCGCAUGAGAAUGUUCGACCGGCUUUUACUGAUGGAUAUGGCAUUCUAUGAUGCACAGAAAACCGCCGAGCUUUCAUGCAGAAUGAAUGUCGAUGUGCAAGAGUUCAAAAGUUGUUUCAAGCUUACAGUAGCUCAAGGGCUUAGGACUGUGGCUCAGGUAUAUCUUGAUUUUACCUCUUUCUCUUUUUCAUUUCUAUAUGCUUUUUGCAUUAGAGUGUAGAA